UACAGCUGUUAGCAGCAGCAAGCGGAAGACGGCAUUGUAGCGGAGACACAGUCAAUUAUUUCAUUUGUAAAUUAAGCAACAAUGUCUUCAGUUGAGUGUUUGAGAGAGUUUGUCGAAGAGCGACUAACUGCUGCUGCUGAAGAAAUAUUUGGAGUUUUUAUAAAAACUAUCGUCGAGUACGAAGAAGAGAUCUAUCGUCAGCGCAAACUGCUGGAUAUCGUUUGGAAACCUGAAAUAAAGUUACACCGGAUAGAUCUCCAACAGCAACAUGUCUGUGAGGAGGAAGAGGAGGAGGUUUUCACUGACCAGCAGCUCUGUAACCAGGAGAGGAGCUCCAGUCUGGACCAAGAGGACCCAGAGCCUGUACAGAUUAAAGAGGAACAGGAGGAACUCUGCACCAGUCCGGAGGGAGAGGAGCUUGUGAUGAAGGUGGAGGCUGAUACCUUUGUGGUGAUUCCUACUGAUGAGGAAAGGGACCACAGUGAAGCAGAACCUGAAAGUGACCACCAGCUGCUGUUGAACAACUGUAAUGCAGCUGAGAGCCAAGAUCAGAAAGGACACAAGAAUGAAGACUCUACUAGAGAUGCAGAGUCAGAACAAAACAAUCAACAGUAUGAAAACAAAAGUCACAGUGACCUCGUCAACAACCCUAACUCAUCAGGGGCUGACAGUAAUAUUCACAAACACUCUUUUAAAUGUAACACUUGUGGAAAGGAUUAUAAGUAUAAGUCAGUACUUCUGAAACACAUGAGAAUACACACAGGUGAGAAGCCGUACCUUUGCAAAACCUGCGGGAAAAGAUUUUGUAGAAUUUAUUCAUUGAAAAUACAUCAAAGAGUUCACACAGGUGAGAAGCCGUAUAUUUGCACAACAUGUGGGAGAGCUUUUAGAUACAGUAGUGCCUUGAAUGUACACAAUAGACGUGUCCACAAUAAUGAGAGGCCGUACCUUUGCAAGAUCUGUGGGAAAAGAUUCAGUGAAGUGCCAACAUUGAAAGAGCAUCAGAUGAUCCACACUGGUGAGAAGCCGUAUAUUUGUACAACAUGUGGGAAAGCUUUCACACAGAGUAAAGCCUUGAACAUCCACAUUAGAUGCGUCCACAAUGGUAAGAGGCCGUGCAAGAUCUGUGGGAAAAGACUCAGUUGCCAGUCAGCAUUGAAAAAGCAUCAGAGAAUCCACACAGGUGAGAAGCCAUAUAUUUGUACAACAUGUGGGAAAUCUUUCAGACAGAGUAGUACCUUGAACGUCCACAUUAGACAUGUCCACAAUAAUGAGAAGCCAUGCCUUUGCAAGAUUUGUGGGAAAAGAUUUAGUAAAGUGUCAACAUUGAAAAAGCAUCAGAGAAUCCACACAGGUGAGAAGCCGUGUAUUUGUACAUGUGGGAAAGCUUUCAGACAGAGUAGUGCCUUGAAUGUCCACAUUAGAUGCGUCCACACCAGUGAGAGGCCGUACACCUGCAACGUGUAAGAAAACAUUUGUUGUUCUGACACAAUGGAAAAAACAUACUACGCCACAUCCGACUUGAAAAAAGACAUCAACAUACAUACAGGUUAAUUGCUUACAGUCCAUGAGAGGAGCCAACACUGGUGAGAGACCUUUGCAGUGUUUGUCAAAAUGUAUAAGUCACAGUCAAGUAGAUUUGUAUUUGCAAAACAUGGGAGACAAUUCAUUUCCAGUGGUUUGUGGUCAGAACUGAAGAACUCACUGACUGUAUUGUAUGACCGUAUGAGAAGUCCUAUUGUAUAUAAAUGUUCCUUAUUUUUGCUGUUUUAUACUGUUCACUACUUCACUGUGCCUGAUUUAUAGCUGAAUUAGCAAAUUGAAUUAUCAGAAUAUGUGAAAUAUUGUUUUUAUACAUAAUAUGUAUGUUUGCAUAUAUACACACAGAGCACUGCUUAUAUACAACUCUGUGAUCAACACUGCUUGCUAAAGUUCUGAAGUUUCACGAUACAGAAAGAAUGGAUUAAACAAAAUGAUAUUUAAAUUGGGUCAGAGAGUUAUAUAAUAAACAAUCAUCUUUACUUCAUU